AUGUCUCUUGGACGCACAUUCAAAAUUGAACUCGGGCUACGAGAUCCCCGCUAUUGGUCACGGAACUUGGGUGAGCCAAAUCAAGGCCCACCCGUACCUGUUGCAGCCUCCCCGCUUGGAAACAACAUUUACAACCUGCCACGUGUUGUUGAUGACUCGACCGUGGUGGAAAUCUCUCAGAAGCUGAACAAAGACCCUGCCAUCCUACUAAUGUCAUGGGCAGUGCAGCGGGGCUCUGCAGUUCUGCCUAAGAGUAUUACUCCUUCGCGGAUUGAGAGCAACUUCCAGGGUAAGUCAAGACAAUCAAUGUAUUCUUUUAUUGGCCAAGGCGCUUUGACUGACUCUUUUAUCUCGGAUUUCGUUAUCCCAGACGCCGAGUUUGAGGCCUUCAACAAGCUGGACCGCAACGAGCGGUACCAUUACCCCUUCCACUGGGGUGUUGAUGUCUUUGGCGAGUUAGGAGCCGCUGAAGCCGAGCGACGUGCUGAGGAACAUGUGCGAAGCUGCGUGGGAGCUCAUAGGUAA